AUGUGGUGUGUGUUGGCAGUACUGGUGGUGUGCUCAGUGCAGAGCUUGCAGCUCGACAGUCAGGCAUCCACCAGAAGGCCAAGGGUCACAAAGUAUAGUAAAACGACGGUUGCGCCUGGAGGGUCAACGGAAGCAGUAACGGAACGGAGUUUGAACACAGCGACGUAUCGACUGAUAGGCAGCAGCGAGACUUGUAUACUGCUGAUGGUGGAUGCACUCCUAGACAUAUCAUAUGUCACUAAACUGAACGAACGUGCGGAUGCCAACACAUUCGUGCCGAACAAUGCGAACGUAGGCGGGUCUUGUAAAGAUGGCGACGCACAAACUUUGGUUCUCACAUUUAAAGACUUCUCCUUGGAGUGGUCUUUCGCCAAGACGCCUGGCGGAGAACGUUGGUACGCCGACAGUAUCAAACUAACAUAUAAUUCAAGUGCCAGAAUUCUAGAACAUGCUGCAAAUCAAGGCAGAAAAGUGACGCUCAGCACCGACGUCAGGGAACUCCUAUUUCCAACACCAGUGGGGAAGUCGUUCUCCUGUCCUGAAGAAACUGUGAUUGAACUUCAAGAAGAAGAUGCUAACCCCACGACUGGGCACCGCGCCAAGCUGUACCUGCGCGAGAUGCGGCUGCAACCGUUCAUGUACAAGCGCGGCGGCGAGUUCGGGCCGCCGUGGGCGUGCGCGCGCGCCUCCCGCGCCCGCGCCGAGACGGCACCCGUAGCCGUAGGCGCGGCGCUAGCGCUCGCUACGGCAGCCACGCUCUGCGCCUACGCAGCCUGGCGCUACUUCAAGGUCAAGAAGGUGCAGUACGACACCAUGGAGUGA